CCCCCCCCCCCCCCCCCCACGUCCGCUUCGCGCUGCACCGCUCUUUCCCGGAGCCUCCUGAACCAUGUCUGUGGAAUCGGUGACAUUCAGAGAUGUGGCUGUAGACUUCUCCCAGGAGGAGUGGAACUGGCUUCAGCCUACUCAGAGAGAUUUGUAUAGAUGUGUAAUGUUGGAGAACUACAGCCAUCUGGCUUCACUGGCAGGUCUUUCCAUUUCUAAGCCAGAUGUGGUUUCCUUAUUGGAGCAAGGGAAAGAGCCCUGGCUGGGAAAAGGAGACGUGAGCAGAGAUCUCCCUUCAGUGUCAGAGUCAAGUGUUGAGAUCCAAGAAGUUUCUCCAGAAGAUGUCAUUCAUGAUGACUCAUCCCAGUAUUUGAUGAUGGGAAGAAUGCUAAGCCAAGGUCCCAUGUAUUCCAGCAUUAAAGGAAGCUGGAAAUGCAAGGGUGGUCCCGACACACUUCAAGGAAAUCAGGGAUGUACUGGGAAAGUGGCAGACCCUCACCAAGAAACUCUGCCUCGACACGUGAGUAUCUGUGCGGUAGAAAGGCCCUAUGGAUGCCGCGAGUGUGGGAAGACAUUCAGUCGGCGGUUUUCCCUUGUGUUACAUCAGAGAACUCACACUGGAGAGAAACCGUAUGUGUGUAAGGAAUGUGGCAAAACCUUUAGCCAGAUUUCAAACCUGGUGAAACAUCAGAUGAUACAUACAGGGAAGAAACCCCACGAGUGUAAGGACUGCAAUAAAACCUUUAGUUACCUUUCCUUCCUCGUUGAGCACCAGAGAACACAUACUGGGGAGAAACCCUACAAAUGUACUGAGUGUGGAAAGGCCUUCAGUCGUGCUUCCAAUCUCACCCGACAUCAGAGGAUUCACAUAGGGAAGAAGCAGUAUGUUUGUAGGAAAUGUGGGAGGGCCUUCAGCAGUGGCUCUGAACUUAUUCGCCAUCAGGUGACACACACUGCAGAGAAGCCUUACGAGUGCACUGAGUGUGGGAAGGCGUUCCGGCGCUCCUCACACCUCACUCGACAUCACAGCAUCCACACGACCAAGACCCCCUACGAGUGCCCUGAGUGUCAGAAGGCGUUCCGUUGCCAUUCGUUCCUCACGAAACACCAGAGAGUCCACGCUGGAGAAAAGCUCUACGAAUGUGACGAAUGUGGUAAAGUCUUCACUUGGCAUGCGUCUCUCACGCAGCACACGAAGACCCACACUGGAGAGAAGCCCUACACCUGUGCUGAGUGCAACAAAGCCUUCAGCAGGAGCUUCUCCCUCAUUCUGCACCAGGUGACUCACACUGGAGAGAAGCCUUAUGUUUGCAAAGUGUGCAACAAAUCCUUCAGCUGGAGUUCAAACCUUGCUAAGCACCAGAGAACACACUCACUGGACAACCCCUAUGUUUAUGAAAAUUCAUUUAAUUACCACUCUUUUCUUGCUGAACACACUAUAAAGAAAACCUAAGAACAAAUUCAUCAGUAAACAGCAAAAGGUAAUGCCUCACUUUCCCUUCAGACAACUCUCAGAAAGAAGCCUUGUGUGAAUGUGAAGAUGUGAUCCACACCUUAUUCAAAAUCCUGCAGAAGAGUCCCAAAAUCUGUGGGAAAGCCAUUCUAGCUGCUCAUUCUCUAUCAGAAGGCAAAAUCACUAUUGAGGAAAUUGUUCUUAUAACACUGAGAAUACUCUUCAUUUGGUAGGAGUCUCUCACUCUACUUUUGUAAAUUCCUUCCUAUUAAGAUAUGAGGGAACUUUUAUUUGAGAUAUCAGUCCUUAUUCUUCAUCUGUUAGUUCAGCCAGGACAGAUGCAUGGUAAGAAAGAGCUUUAGAAAAGGAUACUUUGGACAUCAGAAAGUACAUAAAUGAAGUGAUGCAUAGAAACACAGUGCUUGGGAAUUCCUAUAUUUUCCAUUCAGUAUUUAUUAAAGUUUUAAAUACUCUUGAAGGAGAGAAGGCAGUAUCUGAAGCUCAGAUGAGGGAAUCAUGUUGAAAAACUACUCUAAUGAGCAGUCAUCUUGGGUGGAAUCAGUGUGGGGAAGGGUCUCAUUUUGGGGUGGGGGGAGAUGGGAUUUUUUAAAGAAGUGAAUUCAGAAGAGGAAGUUAUAAAUAAACCUUUUGGCUUUUACUAAACUAA